AUGGGAUCUCCGAUAUUUAUAUCGCAACCGCCUCCUGGGUUUUCUGUGCUCUCCAUUGUAAGGGGUGUCCAGCUGGCUUUCGUUGGAGUUUUUCGCUCUUUGCAAAACCCCGACUUGUACAAUGAAAAGUACUAUAAUGAAGCAUUUCAGGCGCUGAAAAUGUCGCUAAUCGUGCAAUUGAUUCUCUACGUUCCAUUGAUAGCCUGUCGUAUGUUUUUCGGGUUUUUGUCGCUCUUCCUGAUCAGUGCCGAAAGGGCUAACGGGAUAUACGGUACUAUUUCCUACAUCCAGCACAGUGUCCUAAAUAUUGGGCCUUUUGUCAUUAUGUCCAUCAGAUUCUUGAGACCGGAACUUGAUCAAAUGUUUAUGACAUCUUUGGAAUAUGCUGACAAAGUUUACAAACAACGACACCCGGAGAGUACAAGACAGUACUACGCACCUCUCAUCAAUAUUCCUGCAAAGGAUAAUAAAGGCUCCAACAAGUUCAUGGCCGUGUUCAAGGCUAUCAUUGGUGACCGAGUGAAUAAGAUAAAGAGAUCUGAAGAGUUCGAAGCUUUGUUUUGGACAUAUAUAUUGUAUGCCAGUUCGUCCUUUGCGCUGUAUCUUCUCUCGCACAUCCCCAUAGUUGGAGGACUGGUUUUGCCCAUUAUGUCGCUUCUCAAAUUCAACGGGUUUGUUGGAACCACCACAGCACUUGUGAUCUUUGCGGUGUUACUGGUUGCACCACCAUGGUAUGGUGCUGUCUUUUUAUCGUCAUACUAUGGAUCGCGGGCACUCAUGCUGGAUUUGCUCAGUCCUUAUCUUCGCAGAAUCCCUUUGAAUAAAUUGGAGAGAAACCAAUGGAUAAGAGCCAGAGAAGGUGUUUUGUAUGGAUUUGGUCUGAGUUUCUACUUCAUGUUGAAAAUUCCUUUUGUUGGAGUUUUGGUGUAUGGUCUCGCUGAGGCAAGUGUGGCUUACAUGAUCACGAAGAUCACCGAUCCUUAUCCCUCUUCGCAGGAAAGAAAGUCUGCCAGUAUUGCUGAAUGGGUAGACACUCAAUUGGUCUGGACCAAAAAGUUUGAAAGUCUUUCCCUUGGAGGGGAGACGUCCGUUGUUCCAGGGGAGUUCAUUUACAGUCCUAGGCCAGAGGUGCCCAAGGCAGCGUCUGAACAUUCUGCAGAGACUAUCUGA